CUAUGGCAGCGGCGGCCCCGCCCCGGGGCGGCCGGAGGCGGCCCCGGCCCCUCUCCCGGCCCGGCCCCGCCGCCGCCCGCGAUCUCUGGGGCCCGGCAACGCUGCGCCGAGGCAACGGGGCCACGGCGGGGGCCGGGGAGCCGCCGAGGGUCGCCGGUUCCCUCGGGCAUCGGCGGCCGAUGUGGGAAAGCUCCGAGCGGCGUUUUCGGCCUGGUGGGCGCAGGGAGCCGGAGGAGGAGGGAGCGGCGAAGAGCCCGGAGCGGCAGCGCAGAGCCUGCGGAAUUCCCUCCGGGAUCCAUUCAGCAUCCCCAGCCCGGCCCAGGCCUCGCCCCAUCAUCCCCUAGCUCUGCCCGGCGCUCCAGAGUCCCAGCCAAGGUCACUGCUUCCCCAGUUGCUGCAGUUCCAUCCAGGAAUGGUGAAUUAAAACUGGGAAUGCUGUAGCGGGGACAAGACCUUCAGAGAUGGGGCUUUGCCACUGUUUUGCACAAGAGUGUUGAACACAGCUGUCUCUCCUGGAAUGGCUUUGCCUGGAUGUGGUGCCAGAGGCUGGCAUGGCUGCUCCAGGGGCGGCGUGGGAGCACCGGACGUUGCUGGCCAUGGCUGUCUCGGGACCGCGGGCCCGUCCUGGCUGCCCCGGCGCGCUGCCACCCCACGGCCCCGGCGUCCCCCUGCUGUGCCUGGCAGCUGCACCGGGACCAUCUCGAGCUGAGGUACGGGAGCACCGUGAUGCGCCUGGAUUUCGUGUGGCUGCGGGACCACUGCCGCUCCGCCUCCUGCUACAACACCAAGACCAACCAGCGCAGCCUGGACACGGCCAGUGUGGACCUGGCCAUCCGGCCCCAGGCUGUGCGGGUGGACGAGACCACGCUCUUCCUCACCUGGCCGGAUGGACACGUGACACGGUACGGGCUGGAGUGGCUGGCAAGGAACAGCUACGAGGGGCAGAAGCAGCAGGUCAUGCACCCCCGGAUCCUCUGGAAUGCUGAGAUCUACCGGCAAGCCCAGGUCCCCUCCAUCGACUGCCGGAGCUUCCUGGAGACAGAUGAAGGUCUGAAGGAAUUCCUACAGAACUUCUUGUUGUACGGGAUUGCUUUUGUGGAGAAUGUCACUCCCACCAAAGAGGACACAAAAAUCUUGGCAGAGAGGAUCAGCAUAAUCAGGGAGACAAUUUAUGGCAGUAUGUGGUACUUCACCUCUGACUUCUCCCGGGGAGACACAGCCUACACCAAGCUGGCCCUGGACCGGCACACGGACACCACCUACUUCCAGGAGCCCUGCGGCAUCCAGGUGUUCCACUGCCUGAAGCACGAGGGCACGGGCGGGCGGACGCUGCUGGUGGACGGGUUCCAUGCGGCCGAGCAGGUGCUGCGCCAGGCCCCAGAGCACUUCGAGCUGCUGGCCAAGGUGCCCCUCAAACACGAGUACGUGGAGAACAUGGGCGGCUGCCACAACCACAUGAUUGGAGUGGGGCCGGUGCUCAACGUCUACCCCUGGAACAACGAGCUGUACCUCAUCAGGUACAACAACUACGACCGUGCUGUGUUCAACACCGUGCCCCACGACGUGGUGCGCCGCUGGUACCACGCACACCGCGCCCUCACCGCAGAGCUGCGCCGGCCCGACAACGAGCUCUGGGUCAAGCUGAAGCCGGGCAAGGCCCUGUUUGUGGAUAACUGGCGUGUCCUGCACGGCCGGGAGGCGUUCACAGGGUACCGGCAGCUCUGUGGGUGUUACCUGACGAGGGAUGACAUGCUGAACACUGCCCGCCUGCUGGGGCUGCAGGCCUAGCCCAGCCCUCCAAGAGCCAGGCAGACCCCAGUCCCACCUCUAGGAGGGGCAGGAGCCUCCCAAUCCCACCUCCAGGAGUAGCUGGCAGCCCCCAGUCCCACUUUGGGAGAGGCCAGCAGCCCCUCAGUGCCACCCUGGGAGAGGCAGGAGCCCCCAGCCCCUC